CAGAAGUGACUUAAUUACAGUUUUCAAACAACUUAGUGAUAAGUUUGCAUCUGAUACGCCUCAAAUUUUCCUGUCUACCGAAACAGAGAAUUUACGAGGACACUCCAAAAAGUUCACAACCACAGAACAAAAUGUCAGCUGACUGUCGACUUUCCUAUCGAUUCAUUAACAGGCGUAAUUAAUCACCUCAACAUGUGACUGAAGUUCCAUCUGUCGACUCUUUCAAAAGAAAGUUGGGUCAACUGAGAGACCAUCAUUGCCUAGGCUAACAAAAGCCAUUUAGCCUGCUAUCCUUUCAAACUGAAACUGGAAGAAGGUUUAAAAAUGAGGCUGACCUUGAGCUUGUGGAGACUAUUUCCCAGUCGGGUUUAUUUAGUGCCAUCUUUUGGAAUACAUGGGAAUAUCAGAACUUUGUCUAGUACUACUAAUGUGAUUACAAACGCUAAUUUGGAUGCUCCCGCUGGAUCAAAACACUUUUUAGGCCUAGGGUUUCAUAAAGAACUCCCAAAGGCUUGUUAUGGCGGCCGCCAUACUGUUGCAAUGCUUCUCGGGGAUGGUGUAGGACCCGAACUUCUAUCAUACGUCAAAGAAGUUUUCCAAGUUAUUGGAGCUCCAAUAGAUUUUGAGGAAGUUGCCGUAAAUCAAGAAUCUGAAGAUGUUACAUUUACUGAUGCUCUACUUGCUAUGAAACGCAAUGGUGUUGGAAUCAAAGGAAAUUUUGCCACAGAACCAGGUCAAUCGUCAAGAAAUGUAGCUCUCCGUUUAAACUUGAAUUUAUAUGCCUUUGUCCAACGAUGUCGAAACUUUCCAGGUGUGGUUACACGUCAUCAAAAUGUCGAUAUCGUUAUAAUACGUGAGAAUACAGAGGGUGAAUAUAGUCGGUUGGAGCACGAAAAUGUUCCUGGAGUGGUAGAAUCUUUGAAGAUUAUAACUAGAGAAAAAUCCACUAGAAUUGCCCAAUUCGCAUUUGAUUAUGCCGUUCGACAUAACCGAAAAAAAGUCACAGCAGUACACAAAGCCAAUAUCAUGAAAUUGGGUGACGGUCUAUUUUUAGAAGUAUGCUCUUCAAUGGCCAAAAAUUAUCCACAGAUUGAAUUCAAUCAUAUGAUUAUUGAUAAUACAUGUAUGCAGUUAGUUAGUAAACCGCAACAAUUCGAUGUGAUUGUUUUACCAAAUUUAUACGGAAAUAUAGUCGGUAAUGUGGCAGCUGGUUUAGUCGGUGGAGCUGGUCUAACAACAGGUAUAAAUUUAGGCCCACAAAAUGCCUUGUUUGAAAUGGGCACACGGAAUUCUGGACGUUCCUUAGCUGGGAAAAAUAUUGCUAAUCCAUGUGGUAUGUUAUUGACAUCAGCAGAUAUGUUGGAAUAUUUAGGUCAUAUCAAAGAAGCUAAACUUAUUCGUGAUUCAGUUGUGAAUGUUGUUGGAGAACAAAAAAUACGUACAGCUGAUUUGGGUGGUAGUUAUAAAACUAGUAAAGUGAUUGAAGCAGUCUUGAAAAGUUUAAGAAGUCAACUUGCAUCGUGAUGAUAGUGAAAAGAAUGAAGAAAUUGGAAACUAUUGUGUUUGCACUUAGCAUAUAUAUUUAAAGUAUCCGUAUAGCUUUCAGCAUUAUUCGCUCUAAUUUGGUCUUGGCUUCUGCCCUAUCUUCAGGUUAACACAUUUAGUGAAACAGCAGAUUCAUACCCACGUUAUCGUAUACGUUUGCUAUGAAAUAUGUAAAAUAUGCUUUAAAUAUAUGUUUCAAGAAUAGUAGAA